UUUGAAUACUGUUCAUAUCAGAACUGUGUUGCACAAGAUAGAAACCUUUUUUUUGUUAGGCAAUUCUUUUAUAUUUUUUUUCCUGAUUGUCAUAGUAAACAAAUGGUAGGCCUACUAAAUGCUGCUAUCGUUUAGACUGUAUCAAGAUUAGCGACAAUUGCCGAAUAAUCGAUCAUGAUGAUGGAGGCAAAGGAUGGAUUGAGGAUUAAUUUAAUCUAAAAAACACACAUAGUCAUCAGUAUCUUCUGAGAAGGAGACAGAUCCUGCUUCCAAGCCCAGAUCCACGUGCCUCAAACUUAUGUUGAUCUAAAAGGGGGCUUGUUUGCAGUGUCUCCAUGUAACAACAGAUGAGUCAAAAUAGCAAGAAAUAGCAAGCUGGUGGAGCUAAUGGGACUUUACAACUGGUUUUUGCAACUAAAAACAUUCUUCAAUAUUGUGUGUUUGGUGAAGACUUUCAACAACAGCCUGAAGCAUAUGCCUUUCUCCUCUGGUUUUUGUGUUGGGAACACACACAGCAUGAACUCUUACAGCUAAUCUUGCAACACUUCUAUGUCAUGCCCCACCCUGCGGACACUACUAAUCUACAAUUCGUCAGUUUUUGGUUAGGUACAGUGGGAUGGAUCUUGGUAGCAGUAGCAGCUGGACUCAUGGAGUGGAGAAUAUGGAACGUGGCGGACCGAACCAUCAUAACCUCUGGGGUGGCCUGGGUUGGCAUUUGGCGGUCUUGUUUCUUCAGUGACCGGCUUGUGUCUCCCGGGUUACGAGUGAUGUACUGUCAGCAUAUCAGCAUGUUCGACACCUUUGCCCCGGUGGAGAUAUAUGUCUCUCAGGUUCUCAUGGUGCUGGGCAUACUCGCCGGAGCUGUCGGAAAAGCUGUUUCUGUUUACACUUUUAGAAACAUCUUCUUCGGAAUGAAUGAGGCCAGAUCCCUAAGGAUUACUUUUUCAUUUGGUGGGGCUCUGUAUAUUUUCUCUAGUGUGUGUGUUGUAAUUUCUGUUGGCUGGAAUAUGAACUCUGUUUUGAGAAACCACACAAUAGACUUCCCAGCCAACUUUUACAUGCCCUCUUCUCCCUCGACCCAAGAGGUUGGCUCUGCUAUUUAUGUUGGAAUCUCAGCUGCUAUUCUGCUGCUGUUCAGUGGGAUUGUGUUUCUCUGCUACACGUUUCCAGAAAGACAUGGUCCCAAAAUCCAUCCAGGGGAUAGCUUAGAGUCCAUCAGUGUGAGUUCAUUUAACACUUCCCACUCCAGAUGUACUCCAUCUGCAGUUAGCCGUGAUGAUCAAAGCUCUCAUGAACAUGCCAUGGACAAUCCAGCUUUUCAGUCCCAUGAGAAUAUAUCAAUUUUUUAGGGCAGAAUGAGGUCUAGGCACUGCAUUUCACUAGUCAUGCACUGCACUAGUCAUGCAACUAGCAUACUAUAAUGUACUUUUAAAAUAUACAUCAAUAAUAAAUGCUAAACAAAAAACAUUCUGGUGGUGUUAUAGUUCGGCCCUUGAGUUAAUAAUAUAAGUCUAAAUGCCAAAAAUCGAGAGCCCUGAUUUCAUAUUUUAAACACUUGUCAGUAUACAUUGUUUCCUAAUCUGUGUUUUUCAGUUGCCAUCUGUCCGUUCUCAUUAGUUUUGUCAAUAAGAAAUGGUGUAAGAAUUUCGGUCAUUCCAGAAAAUUAAGACAAGACACACAGAGAGUGUGAGACACUACAGAAAUUCAAACACCACCCUGAGCAAAUCAAAGCAGCUUAUAGUAAAGUUAAGGAGAUGUUUCAAGUUCAACUGUCUUCCAGAUGUGUUUCUUUGUAUUUGUCAAGAAUGUAUUCCAGUUUUGAUGCAUCCUUGUUACAUAUGUAAUUGUAUGUGUCACUGUAUGUUUACAAUUUUCAAGAACAUUAAUGUCUUACUUUAUUUGUUAACUUUCAUACACAUUUCUAGAUGUGUAUUUCUAUUUAUAGAAUUUUCAUGUAAUUAAAGGAGUUCAGGAGAGCAGAAC